GCUUUAAAUACUCCAAAUUGCGACUUUACACUCAAACUGCCUGGAUUACACCUAACCGAUAAGUUUAUUUUGUAUAAAACGAAUCCUAGAACAUUAAACUGUGGAAUACACUAGAUCAGUGCUCCAUUGGAUUGUCUUCUUGCGAAAUCAUUCAGUUGCCUGUUGAAAUGUUUUCUUCCUUCAACCUUUCCAUGAAUGUGGCUAUACCUCUCAUCAGGAGAGCAUGUCCAAAGGUUCGUCAUGCAUCUACAGCAGCGUCAAAACGUAAUGCAUCAAAAAACCUAUCAUCUGAGGACGUUUUUGCCCGGGAAGAAAAAUAUGGUGCUCAUAACUAUCACCCUCUUCCAGUUGCCCUUCAGCGAGGAGAAGGUAUCUAUGUCUGGGAUGUUGAAGGCAGGCGAUACUUUGAUUUUCUAAGUGCCUACAGUGCAGUAAACCAGGGUCAUUGCCAUCCAAAGAUCAUCUCAGCAUUGACGGAACAAUGUUCAAAGCUCACCUUGACCUCUAGAGCAUUUUACAACGAUGUUUUAGGAGAAUAUGAGGAAUACAUCACAAGUCUCUUUAACUAUAACAAAGUGCUACCAAUGAAUACAGGUGUUGAAGCUGGGGAAACUGCAUGCAAGUUGGUUCGCAAAUGGGCAUAUACUGUGAAAGGUGUUCCAAAGUACAAAGCAAAGAUUAUCUUCGCAACUGGUAAUUUCUGGGGAAGAACUUUAUCAGCCAUUUCUAGCUCUACUGAUCCGUCCAGUUAUGAAGGCUUUGGUCCAUUCAUGCCCGGUUUUGAACUUAUUCCUUACAAUGACAUUCCAGCUUUGGAGCGUGCACUUCAAGAUGAGAAUGUUGCUGCUUUUAUGGUAGAACCAAUUCAGGGUGAAGCUGGAGUCAUUGUACCAGAAGAAGGUUAUUUAUCCAGUGUGAGGGAGCUCUGCAGUCGGCACAAUGUUUUGUUCAUUGCUGAUGAAAUACAGACCGGUCUUGGCCGAACAGGCAAAAGAUUGACUGUCAACUAUGAAAAUGUCAGACCUGAUCUUGUUAUGCUGGGUAAAGCUCUGUCCGGUGGGAUUUAUCCUGUUUCUGCAGUGCUGUGUGAUGAUGAGAUUAUGUUGACUAUUAAGCCAGGAGAGCAUGGGUCUACUUAUGGAGGAAACCCAUUGGCUUGUAGAGUGGCAGUUGCUGCCCUAGAGGUAAUAGAAAAUGAAAAACUUGCUGAAAAUUCUUACAAAAUGGGGAAACUCCUUCGUUCAGAAUUGAUGAAGUUACCAAGUGAUAUAGUUACUACUGUAAGAGGAAAAGGACUUCUGAAUGCAAUAGUCAUUAAAGAAACUAAAGAUUACAAUGCUUGGAAAGUAUGCUUACGACUGAGAGAUCAUGGGCUUCUAGCCAAACCAACUCAUGGAGAUAUAAUCCGGCUGGCUCCACCUCUUACUAUCAAGGAGGAUGAAAUCCGGGAAUGUGUUGACAUUAUUCAGAAGACCAUAUUGUCCUUUUAAAUGGUGUAUGUUUGGCCACUAUAGAUCUGUUAUAGGUUUAAGUAUAAUAAAAAAGGCACUUCUUUAAUUUGUUUUACACCAGGAUUUUAAAAUUUCCUCUACCUUUACAAGUGUAAGACAUUAAGCACAGCCAUUCUUCUUACUGAAACCUGUUAACAUAGAAAGGUGUGUGUAUGGUGUUUUUUUUUGUUUGUUUUUUUUUUUUUCCCUCCCACAGGUUACCUGUACAAAUCUAUUCUGAAAUGUAUUUACACAUUUGACACAGUUGUGCUGGUUAUUCUGUAAUUUUGUAAAAAGUGGGUCUUGUUUUCAUCACUGGGGUAUGAUUUUCAAUCUAGUUUGCUACUCCUAAGAGAUCACUGAUUAAAUAAAAUAAAAACAAUGAAGGUUUGACUUGUAUUGAAAGCAGAAGGUGUAAUUUCAUAAAACUAAACUGUAAGUUAACAUCUAUUCCUGUUGUAAGUGAAGCUUUUUUUUUUUUUUUUUGUAGCUUAUUCAGCUACAGAAACUGCCUUAGUGUUGCAUUUGUAAGUAAUUUUUGAAGAUGGACCUUCAACAGUUUUAUGGUCCCAGACUAUAUAUUAUUUAUUGUGGCUGAGGAUAAGGUUAAAUAUUUAAGAACUGUAAAUGUUCUCAGAAUAAAGGAAUGUGAUGCUUGA